AUGACUGAGGAGCCGCAGCUGGGUUCUAUCCAACAGCGGAUUGCCGCCCUGAAGCAGGCCCAGGCGGCACAUCCCUCUGGACCUGAACCACCGAUCUUCCGCCCGCAUGUCGACCGCAGCAGAUCGGCCAACAAUCCUCCCUCCUACAAUGUGACCGGCUCUGUUCUGGACGGCGCAUCGAUAGGAAAUGAGCCGGCAGGCGAGCGGACAUCAAGACCGGCCCCGCGACCGCCUCCGACGCCGUCGCCAAAGCCGGAAGUGAAACCCAAGAAACCCCCUCCCCCCUUGCCUACGCGCAGAUCGGAUCGCCAGCCUCCCCCGACACCAGCUCGCCUCGAGGUUCGUCCUGCGCUGCCACCCCGCAGACCUACAGAUCCCCCGCGGAGGCCUUCCAUCGAGUCGGUUACGUCCAACGCAUCACACUCCACCGCAGCGACAAGCAUUCGUGGUGCUUCGACCACGUCCAUUAACUCCAAUGGCAACGGCCGCAUUAAGGCGCCCGCAUGGGGCGAAACUGAGCUACCGGCACUGCCUCCGAGACGUCCAAAGGAAGACCUUGCAGACUUGAGGCCGCCUCCACGCUCUGAGUCCAAGUCCUCUGAGUCCAAGAGCAUUAGUGGCUUUGGAUUGAGAAACGGCUUGAGUUCGAGGAUAUCGUCAUUCCGGGGCAAGGACACGGCAUCUUCGCCCUCUGCGACUCGCCCGAGCUUACCCUCCUUGCCAUCUCGACCAAAGGCUGGCAACGAUACAUCCUCUGCGCCGCAGUUACCCUCGCGCCGGCCCUCAGACCAGGACGUGCAGUCCAAUGGGGCAGACGACGAACCAGCUCCCGGUUUGCCACCACGGCGACUGCCUCCGACUCUAUCUAAUUCAGACAUCCGUGAUGCUCGCAAGAUCGGAUUUGGUGGGUUAAGCAAGGCGCCCGGGAUUCCCGCGAGACCGAGUAGUACACCUGGAAAUGGAAUGCCCCCGCCAGUGCCGACAGGGACUCGUCCAGACCUCUCCAAGCUUCAAGCGACGAAGCCACGCUUUGAUGGCUCGGCAACAUCUGCUAGUCUACCUGCUGGGACAUCCAACACAGAAUGCCUAAUCUGCAGGGACUUCUCAGCCCCAGACCAACGAGCAGCACAGUAUCCUCGUAAUUCGCUUCCCACGCAAGAUUUGGGGUGGUUGGCCAAUGAGCUGACUGCUCCAUUUCCCUCGUUGACUGACAAGGCACGAGUUAUAUUCACGUGGCUGCAUCACAACAUUUGUUACGAUGUCUACGCCUUUUUCAAUGAUUGCGUGAAGCCAUCAACUCCAGCUAGCACUAUAGCCUCUGGAUUGGCAGUUUGCGAAGGUUUCGCUGGCCUAUUUACAGCCCUAGCUGCAAUGGCCGAACUAGAAUCAAUCGUGAUUUCUGGCCACGGCAAAGGAUUCGGUCAUGAGCCACUUCUCCCGGGCUCCCCGGUCCCACCCUUCAGCACCGGCCACGCUUGGAAUGCCGUCAAGAUUGACGGCGGCCGCUGGAAGCUGAUCGACCCCUGCUGGGGCGGUGGCCACAUCCAAGGGAAGGGACAACCUUACAUGCAGGUCUUCGAUCCAAUCCACUUUACCAUGUCGAACGACGUCUUCGGAUUGAAACACUUCCCGCAGAACAAAGAACACUUUUUCCGCGACGACGGUCGCCCUCAGAUCAGUUGGGAGGAGUACAUGCGCGUGAACCCGGAUAACCCUUCCGGCGGCUCGCCCAUCAGGAUGUACUGCGGUGUCGGGAAGAACGACAUCGGCAAAAGUACUCUGUACCCCGCUGACGGCCGGAUAUCCGUAUAUAACACACCAAACCCCGUCCGGUUCCAGUUUGGACUACUCUGCGAGCACUGGACACUCGCUCGACACAGCCGUCAAAAGCCUGGACUUUUCCUACUGUGUAUCCACGGCGUGGACGGCCGCAAGGAUGAACGCCUGUUAUUCAACCGUAUCCCGGGCUCUGGCCCUGGUGGCGGCGGCGAGUUCUGGUACGUGGAUGUUCCUGAUGCGCGCAUGUUGGGUGCACCGGGCCAGAAAGUGUUGCUUGCUGUGAUGACUAAAUUUGGGGAUCGGGAGGACUGCCGCGGGCUUACGGCUGAGGAGUAUAGAGCGCAGCUGGGUCGUGUUGCCAUGUCCUGGGCUUAUGUUGCCGAGUGGGAGUUGGUUGCAUAA